GGCCGCCAUGUUGGGCUGGUCGGGCCGGCGGCCGGCGCUGCCCCUGGGCCCGCGGGAGCGCGCGAUGGAGCCCCCGGUGACCCUCCGCGUCUCCUGCCGCGGCGACACCCGCAGCUUCAUCGUGUCGGACCCGGCGCACACGACGUGGGCCGAUGUGGAGGCCAUGGUUAAAGUUUCAUUUGACCUGGACAACAUUCAGAUCAAAUACAUUGAUGAGGACAAUGAUGAGGUCUCUGUGAAUAGCAAAGAGGAAUAUGAAGAAGCUCUGAAGAUUGCAGUUAAACAAGGAAAUCAACUUCAGAUGAAUGCCUAUGAAAGAAACCCUGCUUGUGGUUUGCAAGUACCUGAAAAAACUGUGACAGAAAAGCUGAUGCUUCUGAAAGAUGAGAAGAAACCUCUUUUAUGCUAUUCCAUGCUGGCUCAGGGAUUACAGGAAGAAUUAAAAGAUGACAAGGAGCUGACCAUUCAGCAGAAGUUAAAUCAGACACAAACAGGAAGCACAAGUGAAAAUCCUCCAGAAUGGUUUACAAGCUACUUAGAAACAUUCAGGGAACAAGUGGUUAAGGAGACUGUCGAGAAGCUGGAGCAGAAGCUGUAUGAGAAGCUUGUUCAUAGCAAUCAGCCUGCAGACUUGGCUGAGAGCUCGGCUGCAGCAGCACCUCCCCCUGCGGAGGGCAGCCCCUGUGACUGGUUGAUCUCCUGCUGCAACUGCCAGGCCCGGAUCGUCGGGGUGCGCUACCAGUGCAGCCUUUGUCCAGCCUACAAUAUCUGUGAAGAGUGUGAAGCAGGAACAUAUGCCCAUGAUCCAAACCACGUCUUGUUAAAGCUGCGCAGGCCCGUCCUCUGCACUGCUGAGAAUUACAGCCCUGCAGAGCUCCCACCACGCCUUCCUGCCACUCUGGAGCAAGUCAGGCUCCAGAAACAGAUGGACAAAAGAUUUCUGAAGGCAGAGAAGCAAAGAUUACGAGCAGAAAAGAAACAGCGAAAAGCAGAGGUCCGAGAGCUCAAAAAGCAGCUAAAAUUGCACAGGAAAAUUCAUCUGUGGAACUCUGUCCAUGUAUUGGAAACGAGCAGCUCACCUACUCUGAAAUCUGAGAGUCUCCAACCUAACACCUUCCUGAGUCCUAAUCAACCCUUCCAAGCAAUAGUCCCAACACUAAGUGCAGUAUUUGUGGAUGAGAAUUUGCCUGAUGGCACUCACUUGCAACCAGGAACAAAGUUUAUCAAACACUGGCGAAUGAAAAAUACUGGCAAUGUGGAAUGGAGCUCAGACACAAAGCUGAAACUUAUGUGGGGAAAUCUGACCUUGGCAUCUUCUGAGAAAAAAGAUGUGUUAGUGCCAUCCCUUCCAUCGGGCCAAGUGGGAACUGUUUCAGUUGAGUUUGUAGCUCCUAAUAUUGAAGGAACUUACACUUCUCACUGGAGACUGUCACACAAAGGGGAACAGUUUGGGCCAAGGAUCUGGUGCAGUAUUGUUGUGGAUCCCUCUCCAGCUGCUGACUAUCCAGAAAGUGAUUGGAAGGAUUCUGACUCCUGUCAGAAGAGUAACAGUUCCAGCACCAAACAGGAUGCUUCCUUAAAAACAGAAGCAGGUGCUCAACUGAUGGGUGAGAUCACAGAGCAGGCUGAAGUAUCUCUGCCAACUAUUCCUUUAAAGAUCAAAAAUCUGCCCAGUGAGAGAGAAUUUUACAUCCCGUCUGUUGAUCUCCUCACUGCACAGGAUUUGCUGUCCUUUGAGCUGUUGGACAUUAAUAUUGUGCAGGAAUUGGAGCGAGUGCCACACAAUACUCCUGUUGACAUGACUCCAUGCAUGUCCCCUUUGCCACAUGACAGCCCCUUGCUGGAGAAACCUGGCUUAGGUCAGAUAGAGGAGGAGAAUGAGGGGAGUGGAUUUAAACUAGUUCCUGGAGUGGCAGAAGACUGCCUUCCUGUGGACUCUCCCCUGGUGAAGGUGAAAGCUGAGCAUGCAUUGAACCAGGAGGAAGGGGAAGAAGAUAUGAGUGGGACUCAGUUUGUCUGUGAAACUGUGAUUCGAUCUCUGACCCUGGAUGCUGCACCUGACCACAAGCCUCCACAAAAAAAAAAUAAAAUCCUUCAGAACUCUUUACAAACAUUGCAAGACUCCUUCAGUUGCAAUAUGAUAAAUGAAGAAUCUUCUGUGAUAAAUACUAAUUCCACUUCCAAAAAGGAAGCAAAGAUUCAUCAGUCAGAGCUAAUUACGGAAAAUUACUGCGGGAAGGAAGGGGACCUUCCACCAUCUGCUGAGAGCACGAGCCCUUGUAGUGGUACUGACAAUUGUGAGGAAGAGGAAGAUAAAGAUGAUGUUCAGAGUCAAGGCUCCUCUGCUUCAUCAGAGGAUUAUAUCAUUAUUCUCCCUGAGUGCUUUGACACAAGUCGGCCUUUAGGCGAGUCCAUGUAUAGUUCAGCUCUUUCUCAGCCCAGUUUGGAAAAGACAGGAGAACUUGAAGCAGGAGCAGAAAGCCCUGAAGUGGGAAGCCAGCCACAGAUCCACAGGGUCAGUGACAUUUUGUCAACUUCCCAAACGCUGGCUGCAGUACCACUGACCCCAGAGACUGUGGACACCUCACCCCAGACACAAAGGAAUCUUGCACCUCUUCAGGAUCAUAUCUUCCAGGAACUAAACAUAUCAGCUUCAGAGAAUAUCUCUUCUGCUCCUCAUAAUCAAAUACGAAGAGAAGAACCCAGUGGUGAAGACAGUCAUGGUCCAGGAUCUUCUGAAUUUCCCCCUAGUAAACAGAAGUUCUCAGAAUACCCAAGGUACCCUCAAGGGAGCAGCAUUGCAGGAGAACUUGUCAAAGGAGCUUUGUCUGUUGCUGCUUCUGCCUACAAGGCAUUAUUUGCUGGACCUCCCAUUAUUGAGCAGCAACCUGCAGCUACAGAAGAGCAGACUGCCACUCUGCUGUCCAGCCUGUGUGAGAUGGGAUUCUGUGACAGGCAGUUAAACCUGAGGCUGCUGAAGAAACACAACAAUAAUAUGAUUCAAGUGGUAACUGAAUUACUUCAGAUCAGUAACAGUGACUGGUACAGCAGUAGAUGCUGAACCUGCCUGGUGGAGGGAGGAAUCAUCUUCAUUGAGUAAACUCUCAUUAAACACUACAACAGGAGAGGGCUGCUCCUCAGCUGCUUUCUGUUUGGAGGUGUGAUUAAAACUUUGGCUUUUCUUUGAGGUUUUGACUCUUUUUUUUUUCUCAAGGAAAUGUCAAACAGCCCUUGUCAUGGCAUCUCUUGAACUGGACACCAGAAUUUCAAUUGUAAUUUGAACCUCAUAGUUAAAUGGAUAGUCUUUAAGUCUCUAAUUUCAGACCGAAUCCUUUUAUCAGGGAAUCCUGUAGAACUAAACUUGCACCCAGAUGAGAGCUUCCCCUUUUACUGUUUGUAAAAUCUUUUUUUAGGCAGCUGGACAUUUUUGUUGACUUUUGACUAGCUUUGGAAUAGGAAUAAGUGUAAAAUACUGUUGCAAAACGUAGUCCUGACGAAUAUACAAGAGAUGCCCAAAACUAGCAAGUUGUUUCUUCUGAUGAUUUAGUAAUUGGUUUUCCAAUGCAUGAUGGUAUUGUAACAGACUUAAACCUUACAAAUUAUUCUAAGAAAAAGAAGUUAUUCAUAGACAAAAGCCAUCUUGAAUCUAGUCUAAAAGUGUAACUGCAGUUAUACUGAUGAAUACCAGGGAAGUUGUUGUUUGUUGUAGCAGAAAGAAGCAGGAGAGUGAAUUUACCACCAGCAAUUGAACCAGCUCUAGUAAUGAUAGUGCAAACCAGAUCUCUAACAGAAAAGUAUAACCUACAUAAAGUAUUUUGUUAAAAAUGGAGUGCAAGGGUAGUAAAGGCCUUUCUAAGAAUCUUUACAGACUCUUUAUAAAAAUAUUAAAAAUAUGACCUUUAUCUUUUUUUCAGUAUAGUGCAAAUGUCUUACUCUGUUAAUACCACAUAGAAAGUUCAAGAAUGUGUAGAAACCCAGACCUGAAUUGGAGUACAAAUUCUGGUAAUGUUUAGUAAUGGGAAGAGUGCUUGAGGCAGGGAUUGGGUAACUUUAUACUUUAGAGUUUGAAAAAUGCAUUAACUUAAGCACUUUCAAGUGUACAGUCUCCUCUGAUGGUUCUAGCUGCUUCUGUGUUUCCAUAGCCACAUUUGUAGGAUCCAAUUUUCUUGUAAGGAUUUUGUUUUAGAUGCCCAUAUUUAAUCUGGAAAUCUAAGAAUUCCCUUAUAAAUGUGCUGAGAGAGAUUUGAUUCUGAAGAAUCACAAGAAAUGAGCACCAGACACUGCUGUGCAGUGGGGUAUCCAUAGAUAAUUCCUCAGAGUUGAGUCCCUCUGUAGGUGACAGUGUAGGAGACCAUUGAUCCUAAAAUACUUUAUAUUGCCCCUGCUUCAAACUAAAGUGUUCUGUUUUGUCACAAUGUAGCUGAAGUGGUGUCAGUAUUGUGACUGACCACGUUAUCAGUAGGAAUUUUUUAAAAGACUUAGUACCCAUAGAGAGACCAUUAAAAUACUUCAAGAAAACAAAUGUAUGUAUCAUACCACUUUUGUUUUAAACCUAUUUUUAUAGAUUGUGGAAGAUACACUCUUAAAUGUUUAUUUUGAAAUACAGUAGAACUAUUUUGCAGUGUUUCCCAUCUCUGUACAUCGGUACAACUGUGUGCUGUGGACCAGUUAAAAGAUCCUUCUGUAACUUUCCCCACUUUAACUUGGAUGUGCUGUUUUGAGUAUAUUUUGACUAAUGCCAGCUCUAGAACGAGGAGGAGGAAAGGACAGGGAUGCAAUGCAGAAGCUGGUGACACUUUGAAGUGUAGUGUGGUUAUUUGCUUGGAUCUGUCAGGCUCAGCAGGACCCAUGUUCUCUCUGUGUGUACCUUCGUAAUUGGAAUGUUAAUGUGUCUAUAAAUUAACAGAACUAAAACAUCCUGAGGAGGAACACUUUUAUUGCAGAUUGAAAUGUCAAGCGUGAGAUGCUGUUCCCUUUAGGUUACUUUUUACUAGGGUUUAGAUGCUGUAUGCUCAGGCUUAAGAUAUAUUUCUGUCAGCUUUGUAUAUUUUGUUAAUGGAUGCAUGGUAUAAUUUAUAAUACAUUCUAUAGAGCACA